AUGGGAAGGGAUAUGAGGGGUUAUGGACUGAAGAAGAAGAAGAAGAAGAAGAAGAAGAAGAAGAAGAAGAAGAAGAAGAAGAAGAAGAAGAAGAAGAAGAAGAAGAAGAAGAAGAAGAAGAAGAAGAAGAAGAAGAAGAAGAAGAAGAAGAAGAAGAAGAAGAAGAAGAAGAAGAAGAAGAAGAAGAAGAAGAAGAAGAAGAAGAAGAAGAAGAAGAAGAAGAAGAAGAAGAAGAAGAAGAAGAAGAGGAAGACCCCUGACGCCCAUACACACCGAUGGACCGGAAAAAAGAAAAGAAAGUGGUUGAAAUGGGUCCCCAGAGACGGUAGAAAAAAUAGUUGGAAUCUUGAAGAGUUGCAGAGAAAUCAGGAUAAAAAUUGGGAGGAACGAAAAAAAGAAGAUGGAUUAGGUGGAGAAACAGAAGAACCAAACUACCGUAUAGAGAAAGAAAAUGUGAUCUUCAUCUAG